UAUUGUAACGAUUGAACGGUUCGUGACUGAAUGCAAGACGUCGGUCUCAGCGUUUGACCAGUAUGACCAAAUGACCUGUGCGGUCAUCCCGUGGGAGGAGAAGUCAACCCAAAAAGAAACAACGGCCAACAACCAACACAAACAACGACAAACCACCUUUACAACUGUUAAUUAAUACUAAGAGAAAAGAGACAACACAACCCUACGAUGGGCAGCUUGGUAUGGCCAACACUGCGUCUGUUUAUCCUGACAUUCAAUGUCUGUUUGAUCUUCAACUUGGUUCUGUUUUCGCACGAAGACGAUAAUGACAAGAAGAAUGACAAGCACAAUGGAAAUGGCCACAGGCCAAGUAGUUACCAAACGAUGAUGCACCAUCGCGCUGGGUCUCUACUGGACGACUGUCAAGAUCAUUCCUUUGAUCUCCGGAAUGAACGCCAACGGAAGCACAAAUCUCCCUUUGAAAAAAAGCUAUGUUCCAAACUACCUCUGGGAGCCACGUCUUCGGCAUUGUGGCAAAACCACCUGGAAGAAGUCUUUCAAGCAUCGUUACAUCCCUUGGAUCCGAACCAAGUUCAUGCUAACUGGACCAAAAAUUUGCUACAUCUCAUGACACCCUACUUUCUAGAAAAGGGUCUGAGAAGGUCACCCGAUCAUGGCGCUCUUCGACGAAUUAUGAAAAUCAUUCAAACCAAACUCCGAGAUCCCCAAAAUGCUCCACCGUUGGAAGUGGCCGUGGUGGGCGGAAGUGUCACUGAAGGAGCUGGAUGCGAUAAAACAUACGUGGUGGGGGUAUACAAAAACGAAGCACCCACCAUUCGAGGACAACCGUGUUCCUGGCCCUACCGAUUGCAACUCCUCGUCGAUGCCUUUCUUGGGCCGGGCAUUAUUCGCAUACACAACUUGGCCGUGGGAGGAACCAACUCGGAUUUGGCAGGACCUGUACUCGAUUACUGGCUCUUCCCAGGCGGGUCAGCGCUCUUGCAAUAUGGACCCGAUGUCAUUAUCAAUGCCUACUCGGCAAACGACAAUCUACCACCGGCUGACAAGCGAGGCGACAAAUCCAACACUACGGGAGACUUUAGCUUUUUCCUAGAACGGGCUUUGGGACGAGCUCAAAAAUUCAUUCGAACGUCCAUAUUCUCAAGACCCUGUCAGGAGGCUCCCGUCGUCUUGUUUGUCGAUGAAUACCUGGGAAAUCAACACAACUUUAUUCUCGGAGAACUAUUUCGCUUUGAAGCCGUCGAUCUAUUGGCAGACUGGUACGGGACCACGGGAGCCAUUAGUUCGGCUCAGGUUGUACGACGAUGGGUCUAUGCCGAUACCACAGAGAAAAUAUUUUCGGCCGAAUGGAUCGACAAAAAAGGACGAGAAACGCGCGAUGUACAUUUUGGAAUGCCGGGGCAUCAAAUGAUUGCCUGGACCGUGGCAUACUCCUUUCUGACCAUGGCGCUAGAGUUUUGUGAAGAAGAAACUAGUCGAGGAGGAGAUCAACCACAUGUUUCAGUGGCAUCUCAAAACAAAAGCAAAAUCAACAACAACCGCACGGUUACUGCAGAGUUCGUGGCAGAUCAAGAUCCACAUCACAGGGCCACUAAAUUUGCCCCCGCCAACGUUCUGCAGCUAGUGCAGGAAGAGGUACCUCCCAUUUUAGACCCCGAGUUGCAAGUGGCGGAUGUGGCACGACAAUGGAAGCAGGAUGCAGUGGACCGCCGAAAACAAUUGCAAGACUAUUGCCACGCAUCGAGUGACAAAUCUGCCCAGGCGCUUCCUUGUAGUUUUGCCUUCGUCGCAGCGCCCAUGGGGACUGUCAGAAACGCAAAUUCACUGAACCAAUACCUAAACCAGUUCAUUGUGGAGAAUGAUGGUUGGGCGGGUGAGCAAGAUAUGCGGAAUGGGUGGCAAAACAAGCUAGGCUUUGUCGCUGGCAAAUCGGGGGCUUCGGUACGCCUGCGCAUUGACAAGACACCCAACGCAGUCAAGACUAUUACGCUCCAUACACUCAAGAGUUACGGCGAAAAGUGGGCCGAAUCCCAAGCCAAGUUUAGCCUCGAAUGGAAACACCAAGAAAGCGGCAAAUCCCACCAAACAUCAUUCAACAUUUUGGGAUACCACAACCAGACCACCAGCAUUGCCUAUCCGUUUGUGCUGGAUCUGGGUCCCGACCAUAUUGCUGAAAAGGGUAGCACAUUGGAGCUCCAGAUCGACUUGAUUGGUGGGACAACAUUCAAAAUCAAUGCCAUGAUGAUUUGCAGCAGAUAAUUAAAUCUUAAUACUGAGGAAAGAAACGGCAAGUUACUGCGUAGAAACCC